UCUUCCUCUCCCAAAGAGAGAAGUAAAUCCUUCUCGGUUCGCAUUCUAUCGUAGUAGUAACUAAUAAAGCAAUCAGUCAUGGACGCUGAGAAGAGGAUUGUAGACCAAAUUUCCGACUGGAUCACGGUCUACGACGACGGCACGGUUGAUCGGACCUGGACCGGGUCACCGGAGAUCGAGUUAUUGAUCAAACCGGUCGCUGCUCAUGACGAGUUUCGCGAUGGCAUCUCCAUUCGCGACCUAACGAUUGAUACAGAGUCUGGUCUCGCUGUCCGCCUCUACGUUCCAGAGAGGAAACCCAGUGACAACGAUGACAAGCUUCCCGUUAUCGUUCACUUCCAUGGUGGUGGUUUUUGCAUCUCCGAACCAGACUGGUUCAUGUAUUACCAAUUUUACACCCGCCUGGUUCGCUCCACUGGAGCUCUUUGUGUCUCUGUCAAGACCCGACUCUCACCGGAGCACCGGUUACCCGCAGCCAUUGAUGAUAGCUACGCAGUCUUCCUUUGGCUUCAUGCCGUGGCUCGUGGUGAGUUGUCCGAGUCAUGCCUCGGAUCCAAAGCCGAUUUCCGGCGAGUGUUCCUUAUAGGAGACAGCUCCGGUGGAAACCUGGUUCAUCAGGUGGCGGCAUGGGCUGGUACCCAGGAUUUGGGUCCGGUACAGAUAUCCGGGUGUGUAAUAUUACACCCGGGUUUUGUCCGAGCUAAACGGAGCAGGUCCGAGUUGGAGAACGCAUCUGACUCGGACUUCCUUACACUUGAUAUGGUGGACAAAUUCUUGGCAUUGGCACUGCCAAUAGGCAGCACCAAGGACCAUCCAUUCACAUGCCCAAUGGGGUCAGUGGCGCCACCACUCGCCGGGGUGAAACUGCCGCCGACGAUGGUUGGGGUGGCUGAGAAGGACUUGAUACAUGACACACAGAUUGAGUACUGUGAAGCAAUGAAGAAGGCAGGGAAAGACAUAGAGGUGCUGAUCAGUCCAGGGGUGACUCACUGCUUCUACCUCAACAAGAUUGCCAUUGACAAGGACCCACAUGUCGGUGCACAGUCUGAUCAUCUCCUCACGGCGAUCACUGACUUCAUCGAAAGACACUAAUUAAAGG